GCUUGAUCGCAAUCAGAUGGCCCCAUUUAACAUGACAAGCAAUUCUUGGACACCUUCUUUUUGCAGGUGAGCGAUGCGACCGAGGUGGCGACCGACUGCCUAUCACAGUCUACACAUCGAGUCUCGCUCUCUAAACUUGACCGCUGCAUCCAAAGUUCACAACGUUCUGCAUACCGUCUCCAUUCAGAUCAAUUCUUUAAAUAGCCUACCCGCAUCCUCCGAACGUCGUCAAGCAUAAUAUCUAUACACCCCUCCUGCGAGCCAGUUGCUGGAUUCAUAAUGGAGUACUAUGAGAAAGUCGGUCCAAUUGGAGAAGGCACUUACGGGGUUGUGAUGAAGUGUCGACAUAAAGAAACUGGGCAAAUCGUCGCUAUCAAAAAAUUCAAGGAAAGUGAGGACGAUUUGCAGAUACGAAAGACAGCAUUACGGGAGGUGCGAAUGCUCAAGCAACUGAAAAACGACAAUAUCGUCAACCUUAUUGAAGUAUUUCGACGAAAAGGAAAACUCUAUUUGGUCUUUGAGCACCUCGACCACACCAUCCUCGAAGACCUAGAUAAACGACCACAUGGGCUCUCAGACGACCGUGAGAAUGGGACCGUCCGGAAAGUCAUGUGGCAAUUGUUAAAGGCGACGGACUAUCUACAUUCGCAUAAUGUUAUCCAUCGAGAUAUAAAACCGGAGAACAUACUAGUGUCUGUUAACGGUGUCGUAAAGCUCUGUGAUUUCGGUUUUGCCAGAACGUUAGCGGGACCAGGAGCAAAAUACACCGAUUAUGUCGCGACACGCUGGUAUCGGGCACCAGAACUCUUGGUCGGUGAUACUGAAUAUGGGAAGGCCGUUGAUGUUUGGGCUACCGGAUGCAUUUUCGCCGAGAUCUUGACAGGGCAACCACUGUUUCCUGGAGAUACUGAUAUUGAUCAGUUGUACAGAAUUAUGAAGUGCCUCGGGCCCUUAACAAAGAGGCACAUGGAAGUCUUCCUCAAAAAUCCUCUCUUCGUUGGAGUGCGCAUUCCAGAAAUAGGUAGAACUACACCAAUAGAAUCCAAACUACCGAACGUGGCGCCAGAUGCAAUGGGAUGGUUGCGACAAUGUCUCAUCUAUGAUUCCGAUCAACGCGCCACUACCCGUCAGCUCAUGUCACAUCCGUACUUCCAGUCGGAUGGGUUUGCGGACAGAUUUGAGAUAGAACUUCGGCAGCUAAUUGAUAUGGACAAGGAAAGAGAACAGGCUGACCGCGUUCGACGAAGGAAGCCAAAAAAGCAAGGACAGCAUUACGAUAAUCGAAAUCUAGUCAGUAGAAAAGAUGCGCGACAACCACUUGAAGACCUGGAAAGCAAUGCGAAAAGGCACGCCGAUGAUGACAGGCAAUAUACCGUGUCCAGCAUUCCUCCAAUCCACGGCGCCCAAUCGUAUUCCAAGCAAUCCUACUAUGCAACAUCCACGACAACGGGCCCGACUUCAAAUUAUGGUGGCGGUAAUGUUGGGGGCGCUGGGGGACAUCGCGAAGUCAUGUCUCGCGACGGUAGCAUGGGGUUCGGGUUGGGUUUGGGCGGAUUCGGUGGAUUACCACCAGUUGCAAAGAAGAAAGUAGCGUCGCAAGCAAUUUCAUUUCCCAAGAUUCAGGCUGGCUACGGUGUUGGUGGGACCGGACUGAUGCGAGGGAAUGUAUCGCCAUCACCAGGACCAGGAUUAGGGGGGAUGCAGACUCAUGGGUAUGGGGAGCGUGGAACUGGCGGAGACGAUUGAGCCAAGUGUUAGUUUCAAAGAAGCCAUGACGUUCGUUUGGACGGAGAUAUAUGUUUAUAUAUACCAGUUAUGGGCAUUGACCUCCUCCUUACAAUCUACUCUUUCCG